AUGGACACGCCAAAGGAUGGCUCGAAGAAGGAGAAGCCCCCGAAGCCGCCGAAGCUUCUUCAGGAGAUAGCACCGUUGCCGAAGCAGAAGGUGCACAAGGCCUCUGUUGCAGCGAUGCGUCAAGUGCUUGACGAUCAGCUGGAGGAGAUGAACGGUAUCUUCAUCCUGCAUGCGCAGAAGAUCAAGCGCAUGCUCGACUUGCAGGAGCAGGCCGAAAAGAUGAGAGACUUAGAGCUGCAGGAGCUGCGAAACGAGCUGGUAGCAGCCAAAGGGCCGAAAAAGGCCAGCGGCCCAUCGCAGCUGGAGCACUGUAAGAAGCUCUUAGUGGAGCGUGACACUGCUUGCCGUUUGGCGGAGGCCGAAAAUUUUCAGCUUCGUGAGCAGCUUGCGGCCAUGCGUGCCCUUGGAAACCAGACGCUGAUCAUGAAGACCGGAAACCACGGAACCAACGCAAGUACCAUUUCGGGACCCGUGGUCACUGGGGUUAGCAGCCCCAUGCCCAUUUCGGCCGCCCCAACCCCUCUAGCUGCCAACGGCGUUUCAGUUGCUGUGGGAUUUGCGGGUGCAGGAGGGACACCAGGCACCCUGCUGGGUCCGGCCCCAGCUCCUGCCACACCCAUGAUCUCUGCACCUCUGAAUGCACCGGAGGUGCUGAAUCGACUGGAGCGGGCACAGACCGUGUUGGAAACAUGGGCAAGCACCCACCACCCCCAGCUGGGCAUCCGAAAGCCAGUCGGGCAAGACGACGAGGACGAGACCUCCUCCGAUUCGGACGUCGAGCUCCCCGGUGCCGUGAGGGGCGGGCACCGCAAGUUCAGAGGUGACUUAAGGGUGAGCCAGCGGCAGCCAGAGCAAUCUGAGAAUGAGGAGGAGGAGGCGGUCGACCCCAAAGCAGAGUAUCUCAAAGAAAGCCAAAAGCAGAGGAAAAAGAAGAUGUUGAACAGCAAGCUAAGAGCACUCGACAUGAAAACUCGAAUGCGAGAUGCAUUUGCUGAGCCUUCUUACAUUGCCACCGAGCACUAUCACACCACGGGCUGUGCUCAAAAGCUGGCUCGCUCGCCAUAUUUUGAGCACACGACCAUGACCAUCAUCUUGCUCAACUCUGUUUGGAUAGGCAUCGAAUCAACCAUCAAUGAAAGCGCGCUGCUGAUCAACGCUGAUCCAGGAAUUAUCGUCGUUGAGAACAUGCUGUGCAUAGCCUUCAGCUUUGAAAUCAUUGUCCGCUUCUUUGCCUUCAAGUCGAAGCUCCGUGCGCUCCGGGACUUCUGGUUCAUUUAUGACUUCUUCCUAGCCUUCUUCAUGGUGUUGGAGACUUGGGUAUUCUUCGUGAUCCUCUCCGCGACCGGCGGGGACUUAGUUUUGUUCGACUCCUCGAUCAUGCGGAUGUUGCGACUGCUCCGGCUGACCCGUGUGGCUCGGAUUGCGCGGAUGCUCCGAUUUCUGCCAGAGGUCAUGAUCCUAGUCCGUGCAAUCGGAGCAGCACUUCGAUCAGUGAUCCUCACGGUGAUCUUGGGACUGAUGAUCGUCUACAUCUUCGCGAUUGCUCUUUCGCAGAUUGCAGUGGGCACAGAUGCAGGCACCAGCUACUACAGCACCCUUCCGGCGGCCAUGUUCAGCCUGAUUUUUCACGGUUGCUUCAACAAUGAUCUGGCUUCCAUGGCGCGGCUGUCCUUUCAGGAUGACAUCAUUGUCGGGAGCCUUUUUGCAGUCUUCAUACUCAUCGCCCCACUGACGAUCAUGAACCUGCUCCUGGGUGUGUUGGUCGAGGUAGUUCGAGUAGUAGCUACUGCAGAACAAGAGGGCCGUGUCGUUCGGAACUUAAAGGAGGAACUCCACUGGGCAAAACAAUCGCUGGGCACGGAGGGUGACACGAUCACUCAGGAGGAGUUCAUCCUGUUGCUCCAGAACGAUCAGGCCAUCGGUGUGCUUCAGGACGUCGGCGUCGACCUCAUUGCCUUGGUGAAAGACCCGAACAUCAUCUUCGACGGGGACCCCUACAUUCACUUCCAGGAUUUCCUAAACGAAGUACUACUCCUGCGUGGGUCAAACAAUGCGACGGUGAAAGACCUAACAGUCCUCAAGAACCAUCUCUUACAGAGCUUGCCGACCAUUCUCAAGAAGAAGCUCCACUUUUAG